AUGCCUCACGCACCGCUGUACGAUGCAGAUGCCACCAUCGCUCUCAUUGGGAUGCGUGAGUGCUAUUCCAGUGAUCGGCCUCGCAAGCUGAAGUCAUGCAAGCUCGCAGCGAGCGUCGGCUUCGUCAGGGGGCAGAGGGCAGAGGCAGAAUGAUCCGCGACGGGAGACGCUCGAGUGCGACCAGACGUGUACCUUUGGCUGACGAUCGUAUCACCUUCUGUCGCGUCGAUUAGGUGGAGUCGGCAAGACUACGCUCGGUCUUAUCGCGGCGACUUCCCUCCGGCGCCAGUUCAUCGAUGCCGACUCAGCCUUCCAGACCCUGCACGGACCCAUCACCGACUUUGUCAAAGGUAAGCAAUGUUCACCAUAGAUUGACUCAUAUGAUCCACCUCGGGGCCAUCCAACCGCUUGCGGGAAAGUAGUGAUUUCCUCCGCGGCAUCCUCCGGAUCCUGGCUGAGCCCCCACAUGAUGGUUUCUCACCCGCAGCUCGCGGCUGGGCCGACUUCCGUGACAAGGAGACGGCCAUUCUCAAGCAGUUGCUCCACCAAUAUCCACAUGACUACGUUAUCGCGUGCGGAGGAGGCGUCGUCGAACGCGAGGAGAACCGCUCGGCAUUGCGACAAUUCAGAGCGUCAGGCCAUCCGAUCGUACACGUCGUCAGGGACAAGGAGGAAACGAUUCGGUAUCUCGUGGACGAAAACGCGAGGCAAGCUUCAUCUCGGCGCACCUUGUGAUGUCCUUGCGCCCGCUGACCAACGACUCGGCCUCAUCUCAGACCGUCCUGGGGCGAGGAGAUUCGCGCCGUGUGGAGUCGAAGGACACCUUACUUUGAAGACCUCUGCUCCCACACCAUUGUCUCUCUCACGGCAUAUCCUCCACCGUCAUCGCCGCAAUUCCUCAUGAAGCACGUCGAAACCGCCUUUGUUCGGCUGCUACGUUCCAUUUUUGGCCUCGCCUCGUCCCACGUCCCGCUCGUCCCUGGCCCCAGACCAUCUCCCAUCGCUGGCCCUAGCUCGGGAGAGUAUGGAGGGUAUGGCGCCUGCGAGAGCGAGAUGGGGCGCGGUGCCAAGGGCCAGAGGACAAGCUUUGUGGCGCUCAACUUUCCCAACCUGCUCAACGUUUCGGGCGAGACCAUACGCAAAGUCGCCGGUGGUGUCGAUGUGAUCGAGCUGCGCGUGGAUACGUUGCGGCAGUCACUGCCCGAAACGCCGCCAGACUCGCGUGGAGUGUCUCCUGCUCCGGAAACUCUACACAAAGCUCGUUCAAACGGCAAGGGAGGAACACAAAUGCCGUCACCUCACUUCGUGACACUUUGCUUCGGCCACUUGCGGCGGUGCUCGCCGCUCCCAAUUAUGUACACCGUGCGGACGAGAUCGCAAGGGGGUGAAUUUCCAGACCUCGAAACCGAGGAAUUAAUGGAAAGGUAUCUGGCGCUGGUCGAACUUGGCUUCAAGCUGGGUGCCGAGUAUGUCGAUCUUGAAUUGUCCCUACCAGAUGCAGAGAUCGUGAGACUACUUGCGUUGCGAGGGGCGGCAACGCAGUGCCUCGGGGCUGACCACGAUCGCGUAGGCGCAUGGAAAUGGGACUCCCUAGAGAUGGUGGACAAGUACUCGCGAGCGGCACGACUCGGUGUCGAUAUCAUCAAGUUCGUCUCUACUCCGACAUCAUUCGAAUCGAACCUCGAGCUACUCAAGUUCCGCGCGAAGGUCUUGACUCUUAAAUCGGUCGACCGGACAAUAUCUCUGCUUGCGAUCAACCUCGGCAAGGGCGGUCAGCUCUCUCGUUUUCUCAACCCAGUAUUCUCGCCCGUUACGCACCCGCUUCUUCCUGGCAAGGCAGCUCCAGGCCAAUUGACCUACGCUCAAACACAGCAAGCCCUCUUCUUGUCCGGUCUCACACUUGAAAAGACAUUCUACGUCCCGUCCCACGCUAUCGCCGAUUCGUUCUCGCGGGAGGCGCACCACCUUGGUCUACCGUACACCUUCGUUGUCAAAGACCGUCUGUCUCUCCGCGAAACCGAAACCGACUUUGGCGGGGCCUUUUUCUCCCCUCGCAAGGCCCUCCGAGCCGGCACGCAGAGCCCGUCGGACCAAGUCCUCCCUCCCGCAAAAGCAAGCAGCUGGAUCGAUCUCGUCGUGCCAGCUUGCUCCGAGCCGACGAGCUACGAUGAACCACCGAUACCAAAAGGAUGGUACAAGCACACAAACGUCCGAGUGCUGGCGCUGGCCGACAUCAUCACACAAAACCUCAGCCCUAUCAACGCCGUCGGAGUGCACACCUCGGCUUUGCUCGUGGGUCUGGGUGUCAAGGAUUUGGCCGAAGUUCUCGAAGCUUUGGACAUGGUUGGAGCCCGGUGGGUGCACCUCUAUGCGUGCGAAAGCGAGAGCACACCGUCCGGCCCAAACACUGCUGGUCGAGCCGAGUCCAUCGUCGCUCCCUCCCCUCGAUCUGCAACGGCUCAUCGCGCAGCCUCUAUCGAACCGCUCUCAAGGUCACAUACGCCGAGCGUGCCUUACCCACACAAUGCACCUUUGCAAGCCUCGACGAUAUCGUCGUUUUCAGACCCGAGACUGUACUCCCGGCGGCCACCUACCAUCAUCAUCGCCGCUGAGAAAGCCCCCACCCUACCGGACUUUUUGUUCGCCAGUCCGACAGGUGGUGCGGCCGUAGACCUCGCUUCGGGCAAGGACGUGGAAGGAGAGCUCAGCCGAGCAAUUGAGAGCAAGGCCGGUCGGUCGGUGAAGGAGGGGUGGCGGCUGCUUUCAAUCAAGGAAGUGCAGACAGAGGUGGAAAGACAGGCAUUCCGAGCUUUGACCGGUAGGCGCAUGGGAUCGUAA